AUGCUCCGAUCUUCUACUAGAGGAAUUUCGUAUACUCUGUUGUGCUUGAAGGCUGUAUCGUACUCUAAGACACUUCAGCUUCCACAAACUUCAUUCGGACCCAAGCUACCCAAUGCGGAAGAGAAUAAAUCAUUGAUUAACCAAAGUAGUCAGGAUUUGUAUAAGUGGCAAUUCAAACGGCCGGAGCUGGAGUAUUCUGGGAAAUUUGUGCUACAUGAUGGGCCUCCCUACGCCAACGGUGACUUACAUAUGGGCCAUGCCUUGAACAAGAUCACAAAGGAUAUCAUAAACCGGUUUGAAUUACUUUACCAUAACAAGAAAGUAUUAUAUCAACCAGGUUGGGACUGUCACGGACUUCCCAUUGAAAUGAAGGCCAUAACAUCCACCGAAAACAAGGACAAAUUAACUGCUGUGGAGAUCAGGAAACUUUGUAGAAACUUGGCGCAAACAAUGAUUGACAAGCAGAGAGAACAGUUCACGGAGUUCGGGAUCAUGACUGACUUCGAAAAUCCAUACAUCACCUUGAACCACGAGUAUGAGAUAAACCAAUUGAAAAUAUUUCAGAAAUUGACCGAAAACGGGUUACUUUCUCGACAACAAAAACCAGUCUGGUGGGGUGUUGAAACAGAGACUGCUUUAGCUGAAGCUGAGUUGGAGUACAAUAACAACCAUGUUUCUACUGCUGUUUACGUCAAGUAUCAAUUGAAAUUGGAAGGAACGUUCUUGGAAAAGUACGAUAACAUCAAGUUGCUUAUAUGGACAUCUACUCCUUGGACAUUGCCUGCAAACAAAGCAAUAUGUGUGAACGAGAACUUGAAGUACACCUUGUUGUACAAGAAAAGAUCGAACGAGCAUCUUCUUGUAGCAGAAGAUUUAGCUGAGGAUGUCUUAGAAAAGGGUAAUAAAAAGGUCGAAGAUGAAGAAGAUCUCUGGAAAUUGACCAAAGAAGGAGUUUCCAUUCUGGGUGCAGACUUGAUUGGCCUCUCUUAUUCAAAUCCUAUAGUGGAAAAUAAGAACGUUUUGUUCCCUAUUUUGCACGGAGACCACGUCACAGCUACAGCAGGUACUGGGCUCGUCCACACUGCACCAGCUCAUGGAGGUGACGAUUAUUUAAUUGGUAAAAAGAGUGGGUUGCAAAUCGUUUCACUGGUUGACGACAAGGGUAUAUACCAUGGGUUGGGAAUUCCUCAAGAAUUCAAACACUUGAUAGGGAAGAGAUUCGAUGAUUCCAUUUGGCCAAUAAUCGACCAAUUUGACGAGCAAGGGUUGAUUUUCCACAAAAACAAGAAGUUUAAGCACUCGUACCCAUACGACUGGAGAUCUAAUAAACCUGUGAUCCAAAGAGCUACCCCACAAUGGUUUAUCAAUGUAGAAAAGAUAAAGGAUACAGCAGUAAAGUCCUUGGAUGAUGUUAAAUUCUUCCCCGAAUCUGGAAAAAACAGACUACUUCUGUUUAUUAAAAAUAGGAAUGAGUGGUGUAUAUCCAGACAAAGAGUGUGGGGGGUUCCAUUACCUAUCAUCUAUGACAAACUGACCAAGGAACCAGUGCAAGUGAAGGAAUUAAUGACACACAUUGUUAAUAUGAUUGAUAAAUAUGGUACAGAUGAAUGGUUUGUUGAGGAAGAAGAUAUAUCAAGGUGGCUUCCGGAAGAAUUACAAAACAGGGCAUCGGAAUUAAUAAAGGGAACAGAUACAAUGGAUGUUUGGUUUGAUUCAGGUACGUCAUGGUCAACUUUAUCAUCGGAUGUGGACGAAUCGUUUGCCUCCAGUACACCGUUAGCAGACAUUUACUUGGAAGGAUCUGAUCAACAUAGAGGUUGGUUCCAAUCUUCGCUUUUAAAUAAGAUUAUUGCGUCAGGUUCACACGGUGAAAACUUCAAGCCAGUGGCUCCCUUUAAGGAAAUUAUCACCCAUGGGUUUACUCUUGAUGCCAAAAAUAACAAGAUGUCUAAAUCAAAGGGUAAUGUAAUUUCACCAAAGCAUGCUAUGAUUGGCGGAGGUAAACCAUUUUUACCUACAUUGGGAACUGACGGAUUACGAUUAUGGGUUGCUUCUUCAAAUUACACACAAGACGUUAACGUAACCAGUGAAGUUCUUACUAGAGUAUUCGAAAACCUUAAAAAAUUUCGAAUCACCUUGAAGUAUCUAUUAGGUAAUAUCAAUGGGUUCAAGGAAACAGUACCAUAUGAUCAGCUUAACCCAUUAGAUAAGUAUAUUUUGAGCAAACUUAGUACCCUUCAAGAAACUUGCAUAGAGUACUACAAGGAACACAAUUUCCAGAGAGUUGUUAAGGAUAUCAACCAUUUUAUCAGUACUGAUUUGAGUUCUUCUUAUUUCGAUAUAUCGAAAGAUAGUCUUUACACAGAUUCGAUUAAUUCACACAAAAGACGAAGUAUCCAGACUGUUUUGGAAAUAUUGUUAAGAACUCAGGUCGGGUUGUUAGCCCCAAUCCAACCCAUAUUAACGCAAGAGGUUUGGAACAAUUUCCAUCAGAAAAAGGGCAGUUCUCCAUACACAGCAGGUUCGUGGUCAUCAUUCUAUAGACUUCCAGAGAACUAUAGAAAUCCUGCAAUUGAAGCAGAAUUUGAACAAAUUUGGUGCAUAAAAUCGCAUCUUUACAAAACAUUGGAACAAUUCCGUCAAGAAGCAAAUAUCAAAAGUAACCUUGAACUUUCCAUUGACUUAAAUGUGAAGGAUGAAAACUCAAAAAUAUAUGAUAUCCUUAACAGACAUGAAGAGUGGCUUGGUGAUUAUUUCCUAGUAUCUAACGCUUCCCUAGGAAGUGACGCAACCCAAACAACACCAGUCCAAAUAAAUACUACAAUCAAUAUCGAUGGUACUGAAGUCGUCAUUAAUGUGAAACCCUCUUCGCAUGAGAAGUGUCCAAGAUGUUGGAAGUAUGUGGCACCUAAGAAAGAUGAACUUUGUGGAAGAUGUGAUGAUGUUGUGACUGAGCAAAACAGGCAAUAG